CCCAACGCCUAGCCAAUCACCUGGAUGACAUUCCCGGCAUGUGAAAGUUCGGUGGAGGAUUUGUCGCCCGAUCUCCGAUGAGCCUGAGCUCUGGCCUUCAUCAGUCGCUCCGCUAUCUAUCACGCACGGUCACUACAGCAAUACCACUCAAUUCCCGUCUAACGUAUGACAACUAUCCGAGGCUUGAUUGAGUUCGUGCCAUCCCAAUCUGCGAUCCUCCAAGAGAUGACAUGGAGUCAGCACCCAACCCAGAGCUCCCGGGCGAGCUCAGAUACAUCCAGUACCAGCACUCAUUAGAGGCGCAGUACCUGCCCGCUAUACGCGCUCUGAUCUCGAAAGAUUUGAGCGAGCCGUAUAGCAUCUAUGUGUAUCGAUACUUUCUCUACCAAUGGGGGCAUCUCUGUUUUAUGGCCCUUACGCCCGCCGAUUCUUCUCUGAUCGGUGUGAUUGUAUGCAAGUUGGAAUCGCACACCUCACAUUCCCCUCAGACGUUGCGUGGUUAUAUUGCCAUGCUGGCCGUCUCCGCUCCGCACCGAGGUCACGGCGUGGCUACAGCGCUCGUCAAAAUGGCCAUCGACGCUAUGGCCCAGCGCAAUGCGGACGAGAUCGUGCUCGAGACCGAGGAGACGAACAUACCGGCGAUGAGACUGUACGAGCGUCUUGGCUUCCUACGGGCGAAGAAGCUGCAUAGAUAUUACCUUAACGGCAACAGCGCUUACCGUCUGGUACUACUUCUCAAGCCGACCGAUAUCGACGCUGCUACUGACUUGGCGCUGGACGAAGAUGAUGUGGCGCCGCAGGAGGGGUAUACGUGGUCUCUGGAAAUGGAGAGCAAUCAGGGACCUUGCGCUGCCUAAACCGAUGUUGCGAAAGACACUCUCUGACCGCUAAUCUUGUCCGCUCCCCGGCAUUGUCCUCAGGAUAUGACGGAAGCAAAGGCGGUAGGCGCUCAUGCAGGAGCCAGAUCCGCUGGGAGUCGAGGGACCCUUAAGUCAUCGGCAUGGGUGUCUACCGCAUUCGCAUGGCAAGCGCCCAUGACUAGAAGGUGUUGUAUUACGACAUGCACAAUGGCUAGAAGUCUGCAGCUCUGUGUCUAGGG